AGGAACAGUGGUGUUAGGCGCAUCAUAGAUUCUAUGUUUAACCGGCUCAGUUAGUUAUUCUCGUGUCUGAAUUUGUUUUCUAUCAGAAAGGCAUGCCAAAACAAUAAUAAGCUGAAUCUCUAAUAAAAAGGAAGAAGCAGAACUCCGUUUUACGGGCAUUCUAGAUUGUAGCACAUGAGCAAGGUGAACCAAAAUUCAUCCCACAUAAUUUAGCUUCUAUUUCCCUUUUUUCUUCUUCCAGGAAACAAGCCGGUUCAUUUGCUGUUGGACAACAAUAACCAUAUAUCUCAUAUUGAGGUGGAAAUCAAACUUUCCACAAUGGCGAUUGAACCUCUCCGUGACAAUCUGGACACCCUCGCAGCAACCAACCAACCAUAUGGUGAUUCCUCUUCCCAGCAGCAACUCACCGUGUACAACUACGACCUGAGCUGUCCACACUCAACAGUUCUCUCCCCAGCAAACCAAGCAAGUGUCAACAGCAGCCCUGGACAAAACAAAAUUCAGAUUGCUGCAGGGGGUAGCCAAAUCAGAUCAAACGAUGCUCUUCACUACAUAAGCCAGAUGCUGAUGGAAGACGUUGACGAGGGGGUCGGCAUAUACCAAAGGGCUGCUCUUCAGGCUGCUGAGAAGCCAUUCCGUGACAUUCUUGGCGAGGGAUAUGCGCCGCCUACUAACUGGCCGCCAUUGCAUAGCAACAACAUACCAGACAACCCUGAUAAGAGUGGGACCAGUCGUUACAAGAGGGUCUGGAGCACUAGCUUCAGUAAUGACUAUUCCAGUUACAACGUGUUGCAACCUUUAGCAACCCCGUUGAGUCCAUAUAUAUGCAAUAGGAGUCCUUUUUUACCAAACCAGCCGUUGAUAAGUGUUGGAUGGACUUCCGGAUCUGGCUUCCUUGCCUUGCAUGGUCAGAGAGGUGUCAGGCAGGAAAGAAUGUUUGCUCCAAGUAUUGAUAAGCUGGUGAUAUAUUCAAAGAAUAACAUACUUUAUAUUUCCCAACAGACUACGAAGGCAAAAGUAGGAGAGAGGACCGAAAACACAAUCUUUGAGGUGGCAGACCCAAGGGGUUGGGAUAUCUUUCAAACAAGGAGCAAUGAACAUUAUGCCAUCACCACUUGUGCAAUAAUUCGAAAUGAAAAUUUUGACCAAGUUCUGCUAUGCUAUGAUCGUUCUGACCGAAUAACAAGAUUGCAAGAAAGGAUGGCGGGGGAAGGAAACAAGACCUCUUUGAAAGGCCGGAGCAGAAGUAGGAAGCAACUGAGGAAAGAGUUGGUUGAUCUCAGGACUCUCCUCAUCCACUGCGCACAAGCUGUGGCAGAACACAGCUACCUGUUGGCCAGUGAACUGCUAUUGAAGAUAAGGCAACACUCUUCAGCAGAUGGUGAUUGUACUCAGAGACUGGCAUUUUACUUGGCGGAUGGCCUCAAGGCACGCUUGGCUGGGACCGGGAGUCAGGUUUACCGCAACCUCGUGGAAAGGCAAACAAGUACCGCAGAUUGGCUAGAGGCUUAUAGCCUUUUUCUUGCAGCUUUCCCUUUCGGAAGGGCGUCAUACUAUUUUGCCAACCAAGCUAUUCUUGAUGUCUCACAAGGGAAACCAAGGGUACACAUCGUUGAUUUCGGCAUCGGCUUCGGCUUUCAGUGGCCAUUAAUGAUUCAGAUUUUUGCACAGCGAGAGGAGGGAGCCCCUAAGCUUCGGAUCACAGGUAUAGACGUUCCCCAGUCAGGUUUCCGCCCCUGCGAAAUGAUCGAGGAAACAGGGAAGCGGUUGGCUGAUUACGCAAAUAGGUUCAAGGUACCUUUCCAGUAUCAGGGCAUUGCCGCUUCAAGAUGGGAGACAAUCAAAAUUGAUGAUCUUAACAUUGACGAGGAUGAAGUUCUCAUAGUGAACUGCAUGUUCCGGAUGAAGAAUCUCGGUCAUGAAACCGAUGCCGUAAAUGGUGCAAGGGAUAAGGUGCUCAAAACUAUGAGGAGGAUGGACCCGAAGAUUUUUAUUUCUGGCACGGUGAAUGGUUUACUCAGUUCUCCCUUCUUCAUACAACGUUUCAAAGAGGUUAUGCUCCAUUACUCUUCAGUGUUUGACAUGCUUGAUGCAAAUGUUCCACGGGAUAAUGAAGCAAGAAAGAUGAUUGAGAGGAUCCUGUUUGGGCAGGAUGCUCUUAACAUCAUAGCAUGUGAGGGUGCACAAAGAACUGAGAGGCCAGAAAUAUACAGGCAGUGGCAAGCAAGGUGCCUCAAGGCUGGGUUCCAGCAGCUUCCUGUCGAUCCAGCCAUCUUAAAGAACAUAGUACACAGGAAGAACUUACUGUUUCAUCAGGAAUUCUUUGCUGUAGAAGAUUGCGGCUGGCUGCUUCAAGGAUGGAAAGGGAGGGUACUUUAUGCUGUAUCUAAAUGGAAACCUAAUGAUGAUCAAUAAUAAGAUUCAAACAGUUUUUCAAGUGCACACGCCUGUGCAGCUACUAGAUUCUCAACACAACGGGUCUAAAUUGCUGAACACCACAAGAUGGAUAUUCUUUCGUCAGAUGAGUAUUGGGAAGUGCUAGCUUGGAAGAAGGUGGGAUGGUGAUUCGAAUGUUGAUAUUAUUCAACAUGUUUUGAUUUGGUCCAUAUGUAGCAAAAGGCAAUUGUACAACUUUACCUCUGCCGCUCUAUUUAAUUUCUGAACAAACUAGAUAUGAUGAGAUUAGUGGAGAUGCCAUACCUAGACACUGGAUUUGCUGUAAAGUACUCCCUCCAUCCCAUAAUGUAAGACCUUUUUUGACACUACACGUCUUACAAUCAUUAUGCUGAAUAUGUCUCAAAACCGGCGAUAUGGAAGAUCAGAGGACUGCCAUUUCUGAUUUGAAGACGGCAAUCGGACUUAAUCCAAACUGGAAUCCAAUAUAAUGCACUAAUGUUGACAUAUUAUUACUCUCUGCAUAUCACAACUAGGUGGGAGAUGUUUUGGGCAUGUCUUCUGUCAAACUUCUACUUAAACCACGAAUAUCAUUUUAAUCAUUCAGAUUGGAAAUUUGAAAAUCAUAUGCAUAGACUAUUCUUUCUCGAAAAAAAAAACAAAGAAUACGUGCGCACGAGAUUAGGGGCUGAGCUCCUAGUUCCC